AUGCAACGUUGUGCUGACGCGGUGACUCACCAUGUCGACAUAAAAACCAAACGCGUCUUCAUCGCAAGAUCAACAAACUACAUUUCUCCUCAGGAGGUCGAAAUAGAAGCUGAGAUUGCCGUCAUGCUAUCUCCAACCGACAAACAUUACGUGGAAACCGUCUCCACACGGCCCAACAAGCUCAUUGAGAUCGUGGACUACAAUCCACUAUGGCCCGCUCAUUUCUCUGGCAUCGCUGACCGCAUCCGAGCCGCUCUGCCAUCAGUCUUGGCCAUUCAUCAUGUCGGAUCGACCAGCGUCUUCGGCUUACCGGCCAAAGCAGUCAUUGACAUCGACCUCGUCGUGCGUGAUCCCACUGCUGAGGCCGAGUUCGUUCCCGCACUGCAGGCGGCGGGAUUCCAGUUCCUUUUCCGGGAACCCAACUGGCACCAGCAUCGGUUCUUCGGGCUGGAGGAGCCGUACGCCAACGUGCAUGUCUGGGGCCCCGAUGCCGUCAAGUUGAUUCGCCAUCAGCGAUUCCGAGAGUGGUUGUGCGCCCAUCCGGACGACCAGGAGAGAUAUGUGCAGGCCAAACGAGCGGCGGCGCAGGCGAGUCGGGCAGCAGGAGAGUCGGUGAUGCAGUAUAAUCUCCGCAAGGAGCCCGUGAUUGAGGAUAUUCUGGAGAAGGCGGGUGUGUUACACUUGGGUGCUGUGCCGGAACAGGAGGGAUAG